UUUGGGAAUUGAAUUGUUAAUUUGGCUUAUUUUGGGAAAUGGCCCCUUCUUCUUCUUCUUCUUCUCAGUUCUCAGAUUCCGAAACAAAAACCCUAGCUUCCCUCUUCUCCUUCUCCAGUUCAGACCCGACGUGGUUUUCCUCUUUUGUUCUGUUUCUAUACAUCCAUUCAAACCCCUGAUUGCUUCGCCCAAGGAGAGACUGAAGCCUAUUAUUGAUCACAAAAUCUUCAUCAAUAUCCAGCUAAUGGCUGCAAAGAUCCUUGCGAAUUUGAUUGUAAUGGGCUCAGGGAUUUUAGCUAGGGCUGUUGUUCAAGCAUACCAUCAAGCACUUACAAAUGCCUCGAAAACUGGGGUUGCUCAGGAGACGAUACAGAAUGGUGUGCGUAGAGCAAGCAAAAUCAUGACAGAGCAAGAGGCAAGACAGAUUCUCGGCAUCACUGAGCGGUCGACAUGGGAGGAGAUUGCGCAGAAGUACGAUAAUCUAUUUGAAAAUAAUGCUAAGAAUGGGAGCUUUUACCUCCAAUCAAAAGUUCACAGGGCUAAAGAAUGUUUGGAACCUCUCUAUCAACACAAAGAUCAGGGUACUAGUACCUGAGAUGAGAAUACAUCCCUGUUUGGUAUAUCAUUUUUUAAAUUUUCGUUUUUCAUUGAGAAAUUUGGAAACACUCAUUGGGUUUCAUAUCAUUUUCAUUCUUCAUACGAAAACAGUUUUUAAAAUAAAAAUUUCAUGAAACAAUUUGAAAGUAUUUUCUUUAAAAUGGGUGUUUUCAGAAUAGUUUGUCAAACAAGUUUAGCACAACGUGGUAGAUGGUGUCAAUCCUGGAGGACUCUGAUAUCUUUAUUUUGUUUUCGGUCUUUUUAAUGGGAGGACUCAGAAAUCCUCAAUAAAUUAACAGGUGUACUCUGUAAAUUAUGAAGCAAUAGGAUUUUUUUUUUUGGAACUCA